UGUUUUCCCGCCCUUACCCACAGUGCCUUAGGCGCCCAAUCAGCGAGCACUCCGUGGUGACGUCAUCACGUCCUGUGCGUCUUUUGACAGAAGCUGGGUCUGUUUAUAACGGGAGUGACGGAUGUGACGUCAUUACAGAGCUAUUAUUACGGAAAUACAGAAAGGACGAAGUGUUGGGCCUUUGCUCUGAACUCCUGAUUCUGGUUGUAUUGAUGCAGUGAUGUCGCGGCUGAGAGGGCCAAUACUUUGUGCUUCGAGUCUUAGUAAAAUGUUGACAUACAAAAGACUGAAGGUACCCCAGAGAUACUGAGGGGACAGCAGGCGGUGGAGUAUUUGUGCUGAAUAAGAACCUCCAGACUUUGCUGAGUUUUAUUUUGUGGAGAUGAAGCUGCUCGAGAACUCUCGCUUUGAAGCUGUGAACUCCCAGCUGUGUGUGGAGACGGGGAACUCGCACAUCAUUGGCAGGAUAGAGAGCUAUUCGUGUAAGAUGGCCGGUGAUGAUAAGCACAUGUUCAAGCAGUUUUGCCAGGAAGGGCAGCCGCACGUGCUGGAAGCGCUUUCUCCUCCUCAGACUGGCGGCCUUAGUCCCAGCAGGCUGGGGAAGAGCCUCGGAGGAGAUGAGGAGGGCCCGCUGAGUGAUAAGUGCAGCAGGAAGACCCUGUUCUACCUGAUCGCCACUCUGAAUGAGUCUUUCCGGCCGGAUUACGACUUCAGCGCCGCCCGCAGCCAUGAGUUUAGCCGGGAGCCGAGUCUGAACUGGGUGGUGAACGCUGUGAACAGCAGCCUGGUGUCUGCUCUGGGGGAAGAUUUCUCCUCCCUGAAGCCGAAUCUGUGGGACGCUGUGGACGAGGAGAUCUGUCUGUCAGAGUGUGACAUCUACAGCUACAACCCUGAUCUGGACUCUGAUCCGUUUGGAGAAGACGGGAACUUGUGGUCCUUCAACUAUUUCUUCUACAAUAAGAAGCUGAAAAGAAUCGUGUUCUUCACCUGCCGCUAUUUGAGUGGGUACACCUAUAAACGGGCUGAUGUGGGCUCAGAACUAGAUAUGGACCUGGAAGAGGAUAUGGAGGAUGAUGAAGCUGGCCACAUUGGAGGUGAUGGGCCAUCAAUGAUGUGCACCUAAAGUGACCGUGAAGGUUUUCCGUCCAGCACAACCCCAGGAUGUGACUGAGCUUGUGGUCUUUCUCCAUGUAACCCCUGUGCCCUGCUCUGUGUCUCGUCCUGUGGUACAGAUCCCGCUGAGGUCCACUCCACGUUGUGCUGAUGACCUGAUUCAUGAGAAGACCUGGAAUGUUGCACGAACUUGGAUGGGAACCGCUCGCUGUAUAUCACGAUGACCAGGCGCUAGCUGUUGUACAUAGAGGAUCCGUGCUGCUCUUCUGUAAACCUGUCCCAGGACAGUCAUGUGUGAUAGGAGAGCAGUUCCGGACGCUGUAUAUUUGUGUGUAUCCAGCUUUUCGUCUUUCAACUUUGAGUUUUUGGGCUGUGAACAUAUCUGAUGUUGGCUUGUGUACAAUGAGUGUGUUCUGUAUAUAUUCUGAUUGGUCCUGUAUAGCAGCGCAGCCAAACCAGGGUAUGUAGAGUGUCCAUUAUAUAGUCCGUCCUCUCAUCUGGCCAAACACUGCUGCUGUGGACUCAGUCCGUGCUUCACAGCUUGGCCUCAGACUACUUCUCCUUAUGUGAGGGCCGCUCUCUUCACCGCUUGGCCUCGGACUACUCAUCAUGUGAGAGCCGCUCUCUUCACCGCUUGGCCUCGGACUACUUCUCCUUAUGUGAGGGCCGCUCUCUUCACAGCUUGGCCUCGAACUACUCCUCCACAUGUGAGGGCCGCUCUCUUCACAGCUUGGCCUCGGACUACUCAUCAUGUGAGAACCGCUCUCUUCACAGCUUGGCCUCGGA